AAUUCUGCACCUUUUGAUGUUCUGAAACUUUUCAGCUGACAAUGUGAAAGGCACUGGAUUUCUCUGCUAUCAACAACAGAAAACUUCAGAUUUCAAAAAUCUGUGAAGUUUAAACAAGAAGCUUCCCAGGAUGUACCGAAUAUCUCAACUGAUGUCAACACCAGUAACAAGUUCUCCUGGAUAUUGGUCUAAAAGAGAAUAUCCCAGAGAGAGAUCUUCAACAUGCGUUUUCCCAAGUUUUGUCUGUGAUUUCCUGAACAGUGACAGUUCAUAUGAAUGCUGCUCCAUAGAUCCCCUGACAGGCUCCCACUUUACCUGUCGACGAAGUCCCAGGCUUCUCACCAAUGGUUACUACAUUUGGACAGAAGACAGUUUUCUCUGUGAUGAAAAUGGCAACAUAACUCUGAGUCCCUCCCAGACCAGUGUUCUGUACAAGGAAAACUUAGUGAGAGUAUUUAGAAAGAAAAAGAGAACCCGCCAUUCUCUGUCUUCUCUUUUUGACCUCCAGACCUCUAAAUCCUGGCUGCAUGGUAGUAUGUUUGAAGAUGCUGACUCUUCACCAAACAAUGACAUCUGGUUCAAUGGCAUCACAAGACUGGACAUACAUCAUUGCAAUGAAAGUGAAUUCAGUUUGUGGCGAGAAGUCUCCUUUCAAGCAAUUCUGCUUGUUGCAUGCUUAAUCAUUUCUACGUGUGCAAGAUGGUUUCUGGGAGGAAUAUUAGCUAAUGUCUUCACAUGCUCUUUGAUGAUAACUAUUGUUUGUGUUGUCAAAUCAUUGUUUCAUAACCUUGUCAGCCAUUUCAAACUUUCCUCCUGUGUUCAAUCUGGGUUUGCCAAAAUUUGACAACCAUUUAGGAAUGUCUCUGAUGAAAGUCUCCAAUCUCAAUAUCUAAAAAUUGUGAAUUACAGUCUGUUUGGAAUCAACUACUUCCUUGGAUGGGAGGGAGAAAAGGGAUAAUUGAGAAAAAAGGAAGCAUAUAAUUAGAUUAUGUGAUUUAAAAAAAUCUUAGUUUUUCUCUUCAAAAUUGUAAUGUGUUCAUGGAAAUAAUAUUAAUGUGUCUUUUAUU